CAGGUCACAGCUCCCUGCUCCUUGCUCCCAACGUCGGGUUCGGCCGCGUAACCGUCUAGGCAGAUUUGCGCAUAUAUACCUGGAGUUCUUUCACCCCAUCUCUGCCUGCGGAACUCUCGACCAUCUAUCGCCCCGUCCGACUGGCCCGGAAGAUCCGAGGUUCUGGGGCAGUCAAGGUCAGAGCUUGGCAAAACACUCCUCCCGCAGCCGGCGACAUGGGGCAGGACACGCAAGAUCCUUCACCGUCGCGGUUAUGGCGCUCUUUCGGCGCUCGGAAGUCCCGCGGUGAGCGCGAUGCUGAGAAGUCGGGACCGCCCAAAUGGACCAUGGGCAUCCUCGAGGAUAAGGAGACGAUUGAGGUGCCAGGUUCGGUUUUGCUGUUAGCCGCUGACCACAAUGAACCACUGGGGCUGCGGAACGCGCCGGCAAGGACGUCCCAUUCGUCCAUCCCAACGGGCAUACACCGCCAGCUACCGGAGGACGCCGAGGAGGUCCCCAAAAAGAAGACCCCCGACGGUAAAAUUAUCCUAGAACCCCAACCGGAGGAGUCGGCCAACGACCCGCUCAACUGGCCGGCUUGGCGGAGAGACCUUGCAUUGCUGUCUCUGGGGCUCUUCUGCAUGGUUGGCGGCGGCACGACACCACUGCUCGCAGCGGGCUUCACAGACGUCGCCAAGGAGUAUGGCGUUGACGUACACAGCGUGUCGCUCACGACAGGCUUGUACAUGAUGGGAAUGGGCCUUGGAUCCAUCAUCUUCUCGCCGACCGCCAUCCUUUGGGGGAAACGGCCGGUCUAUCUUUUCGGGGCGAUUGUCUUCAUCGCCACCUCGGUCUGGUGCGCCGCCUCGCCCAAUUUUCCCUCGCUCGUUUUGGCCCGCAUCUUCCAGGGCAUCGCAGUUAGCCCUGUGGAGUGCCUGCCGUCAGCCACCAUUGCUGAGAUCUUCUUCCUGCACGAGCGUGCUUUCCGAAUCGGUAUCUAUACCCUCCUGUUGCUGGGCGGGAAGAACCUGGUCCCGCUGGUCAGCGCCGUCAUCAUCCAAAACAUGGGUUGGCGAUGGGUUUUUUGGACUGUCGCUAUUGUUGUCGCUUUCUGCGGUCUUCUGCUAUUCUUCUUCGUCCCGGAGACCUUCUGGGACAGAGCUCCUGUUCCGCGGACAGCGAAAAAGUCGCACUCGAGGCCGGGCAUUUUCCGUCGUCUGUCGUCCAGGCCGGACGUCCCACAUGCGGCGCCGCUUCCAGCAGCCCGACCGUCAAUGGAGGUUGCUGGUGAUGGCCCUGUAUCUCCAGGAGGCCGCACAAAAGCGCUCCGCGUUGGAUUCGCACCCGACGCCGAGACUGAUGUCGUGAAGCACGUGGAUACGUCGAGUGAAAGCAGCGGAAACUCUGAGGCGGACCAUGUCCUCGAGAAGGAAACGGACGCUGGCAAGCCAGUACCCUCAGGUGAUAGACCUACGCCGGGCCAGGAGUACUCCCCACAAACAACAUCGCAGCCCCCUACCCCGGCACCCCCCACGCCAGCGACACCGCACGCACUCGAGAUACCACCAGCUGACGCGAUAUCCAACCACGGCGGGCACAUUGAUACCGACAGCGAGUCGCAAUCCGUCCGGAGCUCCCGAACAGGAGGGCCACUGCCGUACACGGCUGCCCUGCGAGAGCAGCCGCCUCGCUCGUUCGUCCAGUCGCUGAAGCCCUUCAACGGACGCCUCAACAAAGACAAGUGGCACAAGGUUGUCGUGCGACCCCUGAUCCUUUUCUCCUACCCUGCAGUUCUCUGGUCUGCGGUGGUUUACUCAUGCUCGGUUGGCUGGCUCAUUGUUAUCUCCGAGUCGGUGGCCGUCAUCUACCGCGAACAGAUCUACGACUUUAACGCGCUUCAGACGGGCUUGAUAUACAUCAGCCCGUUCGUCGGCGGCAUCCUCGGUUCUGCCAUAGCCGGGCGGGUCUCGGACACCAUCGUCAAGGCCAUGGCGCGGCGGAACGGCGGCCUCUACGAGCCCGAGUUCAGAUUGGUCAUGGCCAUCCCAAUCGCCAUCACCACUGUCAUUGGCCUGAUGGGCUUCGGCUGGUCGGCCCAAGUCCACGAUCACUGGAUGGUCCCGACGGCGUUCUUCGGCAUCGUCUCGUUCGGCUGCACCAUGGGCUCCACCACGAGCAUCACGUUCUGCGUCGACAGCUAUCGACAGUACGCCGGCGAAGCCUUGGUCACGCUCAACUUCAGCAAGAACGUCUUGCACGGCCUCGUCUUCAGCUUGUUUGUCACCGGCUGGAUCACCGAUGACGGGUCGAAGAUUGUCUACAUCUGGAUUGGUGUCAUCCAGCUGAUCCUGCUGAUCUUCACCAUCCCCAUGUACAUCUUCGGCAAGCGGUUGCGCAUGUGGACAGUGCGCAGGAAUUUCAUGGAGCGGUUUUGAGCAACGGGACUUCUAUGGGCAGGCAUGGCUGGUACUCGGCUGGCGUUUGGUGUUGCUUUCAGGGAUACAGGACUUGGUUGAUUGCAGGGCAUCUCGUAUCUUGACUCGGCAUACCCUUUCUUACCUAUGCAUCGAGGGCAGUUUUGUGCAUUUGGUUUUGUGUUAGGAGGUGUUUGUGGUGUUUAGGCGCUGGGGGGUUCUCAUAUGAUGCAUACCAUGACUCACGGAAGCAUGAAAUCAGA